AUCCAUCUUCAUCAUCCCAUUAUCUCAUCAUGGCACAGGAUAUGAAAGGGUCUGCAGUGUCUGACACACUUCCAGAUGCUCCAGCUCCGGCACCUGUAAAACAGUCGGUGCGGUCUUUUAAGAAAAAAUACGCGAAAAUAAAACAGAAAUUCGAGUUGGGGAUUCGAGAAAACGAGAAUUUGAUUCGCGAAGAGCUCCGAAUCGAGGACUUGUCCAAACGAAUUCAGGAACAGAACGAUCAACUACUUGAGGUCCUGAUAGAGCUCAAUGAAAGUGUUCAUGUCUCCCCCUCCAUGCGAUACGGCCUGAAACUACCUAGUGACGCUCCUUUCCUUCCAACUCCGGAGCAAGAAAUUACACCCCUAGUCAACGAUGCGACCCUUGCGCGAACGGCAUUGAAAGAAGCCAAAGCUGGACUCGCUAGCGGAAACUUUUCUCCCAGCGCUUACCGCCAAGUGGAAGAAAGUAUAAAGCGGAACAAGGAGUUUGCACCGGCUCUACAGUACAGCGACCUGACCAAAGUGCCACAUACCGAAGCGACGCCUCCAGGAGAUGGCGCUAAAAAUAUCGGCUCUAUUGAUCGCAAACUUGGGUAUUUCACCCCAGAGCAUGAAACCGAACACUAUCUCGCGCUGGACGCGAAGCUUGGAGAUGAGGCUGCUAUACUGCAAUUAGCGCGUAUCCCGGACGCGCCAACAUUCGCUGAAAGGGAAAAAGAGGCCUCAAUGCGGAACCCAGCCUCGGUUUUCAAUUGGCUGCGACGCAACCAACCCCAAACAUUGCAAGAUCAUGAGGUUGCUUCCGAGAAGUCUGCAUCACGACCUUCCAAUGCCCGGACUUCGAAACGGGCUCCUGCCCAGCGCAAGGAAGAGGAGACCAUUGAUGAAGAUGGAGUGGAUGUGGAACCGACUCCGAAGGGUAAACGCAAGCGCGAUGAGGAUACCGGCUAUCGGCCCAAGGGUGGGAACAACCGAUCCAAAAAGAAGAAGGAUGACUCAACUCCUAAAGGCAACUCCAAGAAGGCCUGA